UCUGAGAGAGACCGACCGAGUGACAGGUAUGGCGAGUCCAGUGUCUGGGGGCACCCGCUCUACCAACAGUGGAAGUCACCGGAAAAGAAAGGCUCCUGGAGCUUUGGCCACAGCGUACCUGGUCCUCUACAAUGUUGUCAUGACAGCUGGGUGGCUGGUUAUAGCAGUUGGUUUAGUCCGUACUUACCUGGCCAAGGGAAGUUACCACCAGCUUUAUUACUCUAUAGAGCGACCACUGAAAUUUUUCCAGACUGGUGCUUUACUUGAGAUAGUCCACUGUGCAGUGGGCAUUGUACCUUCGUCUGUGGUUCUCACUGCGUUCCAGGUGAUGUCCCGAGUGUUCCUGACAUGGGCAGUGACGCACAGCGUGAGAGAGGUUCAGAAUGAAGACUCUGUCCUGCUGUUUGUUGUGGCGUGGACAAUCACAGAGAUUAUCCGCUAUUUAUUUUACACUUUCAGUCUUUUAAACCACCUGCCUUACAUUAUUAAAUGGGCCAGGUACACGCUGUUCAUUGUGCUGUACCCGAUGGGUGUCACAGGCGAAUUACUGACCAUCUACGCUGCGUUGCCUUUUGUGAAGCAGACUGGCUUGUAUUCCAUCAGACUUCCCAACAUGUACAACUUCUCAUUUGAUUACUACACAUUCCUUAUCCUUGUCAUGGUGUCGUACAUUCCCAUCUUUCCCCAGUUAUAUUUCCACAUGAUUCACCAGCGGAGGAAAGUUCUCACCUCGGAGCACAAGAAGUCCGAUUAACCCCAGCUGACCUGUUCUGGUCGGAUGUUUAUUGUUCUUUUUGUUAAGUUUUUUAGAGACACAAAUGCUGCAGACUUUUGAGUCAAUCGUUUAAUCUGAAAAUAACUGGAUGAGGUAACAUUGCAGGAAUGAAAGCUCUGAGUUAGCUGUUUACAUCCUAACACGGUACGCAAGCUCUUACAGCAUGCGCCCAAGAGGUGAAUCCAAAACCUGUUUCUGGAGUCCUUGCUACCUUGCCUUCUUUUAUAACCCAAAGUGUUCUGUAUUUGUUACUAAACGCUUGUGAUUUGAUUAUUCUAUAAAAUGUAAUUGGAACGCUUGUCUUGGACAUUGA